AAAAAAAAUAAUUAAGCUGCAGUAGCUCUGGUGACUGUAGUGUCCCUUUAAGUUACAUUUCUCAAAUGUUUGUCUUUGACUAACAUGCCUUUUCACUAACAAGAUCAAUACUACUAGCUGUACAGUCUGCAACAUGUGUAACAAGCUGUGUGCAGCAGCUGAGAAUCAGUGCAGUCUAUACAGAUACAUUGUAUACAGGGCUCAGGAACCGUUAGCACUCAGCCAGAUGUGAAAGGGCCCAGAGGAAAUGGCAUGUCUGCUGACGUCAGAGCAGGGGGGAGAGGCUUUGGGUUACACCCAACUUUCCAACUAAGGUCUAGGGGAGAGGAUUCCUUACACACAGCAUUUACAGGGGACAUAAAAAACCAACCCAAAAACUUAAAGACCCCUUCUUAUCCACCUGGAACCUUCACAGAGAAAGUCCUCUUUGCUGAAUUCUCCUGGACAUUCUAUUGAGAUCUUUAUUGUUUUAACAUGCAUCCUGCACACAGCACCAGGAGUUCUGUAAGUGCCAAUAAGCAAUUCCUGAAGAGUUUGCCAGGGGUGCUGAGGGUACUGCAGCUGGUGAGUGGAGCUGGCAUUUGGAUUACCAUAGCUUCUAACCACUAUGGGGGCUCCAUCCACUUUGCUCUGUUUGUGGCUGUUUUUUUCUGGCUGUUAACCCUUGUGAUUUACUUCCUAACUCUGCUGGACAAGCAGGAACUGGUGCCAAUCCUGGGGGCAGAACGCUGGGUUUUUACCAAUGCCAUCUACGAUGCCCUUGCCACUGUCCUGCACAUUGCUGCCGCUGGCAUAAUGAUCAGUAAGACAAAAGACAAUGAAUACUGCAAUCUGGAGACUUAUAAGCUGCCCUGCCUCUUUAAAGCUUACUUAACAGCUUCUAUAUUUGCCUGCAUUUGCUGCAUCCUCUAUGCCAUCACAUGCAUCUACUUCUUUUGCAAGAAAUGCAGAGGAAAUCAAAGUGUUGUUUACAGUUAACGAAGACAUAUUUCCUCUUCACAGUUGGGAACAAAUAACUAUUUCUUCCUGGACUCCAAUGAAUUACACUUUUUUUUCAACAAAGGGAUUCCUGUAUGACACAUUCUAACAAAGGCCAAAGAAUUACUUGAGACCAACUGCUUCAUUUCACAGUGAUCUCUUGAUAAAGGAAUGUUAAAUAUUGGAUGAAUACACUAUUCAUUUUUAUAGAAAAAAAAAAACCUUAACACUUGGGUUUGUAUCAAAUGUGUAUUUUUUAAUGCAUUUUAUGUGCCUGUAAUUUUUGCUUAAUUUAGAAAAUUGUAGUUGUCUAAACAAGUCAUUUAAAAAAAACAAAAAACAUUGUAAGCAAUUUGUAAACAUUUGCAAGAUUUGUUUCGAGAAAGUAUCUUUUAAACUUUACAAAGCACUACUACAGUCAGUAUUAUUAAUUAAAGUGGAAGUAUGGUGGGGAUUCUGAAAUAAGGCCAAAGCAGGCCUACAAACUGUGUUGGUAAUUCAAAAUGAAAUACAUCUUUGUUGAAUAACCCUUAAUUAGUUAAUAUUGUCACUGCUUUCUGAAAUGACAUAUAUAUUUACAGAGUUUAUAAUUCUAUAUGUAUUAAACAAAGAAAAGGAAAACAAACCAAAAAAAAAAUCACAAAACGUCUUUGUGUUCCACCGCCACCCUUUGAUUGUCAGAGAGUGAUCAAUACACUUUUUACAGUCAAAGGGUCAGUAGGUAGGUAGUAUAUUGCAUCUGACUUUAAAUACUGUUCCAUUAUGAUCCAUUAGAUUCUAUUAAAUCUUCCCCCAGACAGAUAAGCAACAAUGUGCUCUACAUCCAACUCGGGCUGCAAAAUAAUGAACAUGGAUCAAUGAAAAUGAAUUUUAGAGUCACCUCUGUGUGAAAUGAUUGUGGUUAGGCUUAUAUGCUGAUCUGUGCACUAAAUCAAAUGUGAUUUUCUGAUGUCAAGGCCCGGUUUACAUCCCACUUGCCCAUAGGCACAAAUACAGCACCCUGUCCGCUAGCACUGUAAGAAGAAAAAAUUUAGUGUAUGUAUGUAUGUAUGUAUGAGAGGUUCUGGAAAAAGUGGGCACGCUACCUAAUAAUAAUAAUAACAAAGUAUUUAACCAGGAAAGGUACAUUCAGAUCACUGUGGUUUUCAAGUAUGUCCUGGGGAUGUUACCUUAGCGCAACAUCCAGGGGUUGUUAGUUACUAUUACCCAAUUUACAUAAAAACUGUUAUUUGACCUGAACCAACUUGCCGUCCAUGGCACCCCUAAAGAAACGGAGAAAAAGAACCCCCUUUAUGAGAUGUGGGAAAACGAGGGGGAGCCCUGUUGUAAACCCUUUUUGAUUAUGUAUCGUCAUGGUAUGUUUCUGUAUAUUACAUUCUAUGUGUUAAUAUGUCAAAGUAUUGGAAGCAAGCUUUCAUCCCCUCUUGCUUUAUACAAGUUGUAAAACUCAUGCAUGUCCUAUUGACACAGGACGAACAAAAUUCUCAAAUGAAAAUAUAAUAAAGAAAAAAGAAAACUGAUAGCCAAACUGAGAACUGAAAUUUUCUUUAUCAGCUAUUGCCCUAAAUAUUGAAAAUAACUGAAUUUUCAACUAGCUAUCUUUAUCUCCUAAGAAGUGGAAUAAAAUUAGGACUAACCCACAGAAUACGGGACAGUUGGCAACUAUGUUUUACAAAUUCAUAUGCAAAAAUAUUCAUAUAUCUCUGAUCAGUGAAAGCAAGUAGGAAAGGAAUUCAUUUUUAUGGAUGAGGCUUUACAUAAACAAAUGUGUAUCACUAAUUUUCUUAUAUAAUUUAAAUCAAUUUGCAGACUUUCGUGUUUUUGUGAUUUCAUUUUCUAUCCAGUUAUGCCAGGGCAAGGCUAGUGGCUAAUUGCCAACGGUGUGUACCAUAACACUCCCCCAAUGCUCUUGCAGGCUUUAGCUGAUGAAUUUUAGCACGAAACAAUAUAUGCAGCCGCACAUACUUUAAUUGUACAUCAAUACUGGUUUCAUGCCUUUUCAGACCAACUCUGGGAUUGAUUUAUAUUCCUAGCUUGAAUCUUCACUCAGUAACACAGCUAUGGGUACUAUAUAACUGAUGGUGCUUUUUACUGAAUGACAAACACCUGUGUCUUAUGGAUUUUACAGGACCCCCAACCCUUAAAGUCAGUAGUUUCCAGGAAAUUAAACGAUUCUCCCCUUCCCCCUCCCACUUUGAUUCACCCUAGAGGGCAGCCAUAUGUCUAAACUGCACAAAGCUAUACUGUCUGGCUCCUAUACCAGGGAUUACUGGAAUCUUUGUCAGAGUAAAUCUUUGUCAUUCUCAAAUUUCCUGUUUCACAAUGAUGUUCUGGGACUGAUUCAAAAUAGCUUUUAGUGCAUGUAUCCAUUGAUGACUAUUAGAAUCUGACUAUUUACUGAAAUUAUUCUUUAGAACAUUGUAGUGUCUUGGGAUUUUGAACAUGAUCCAAGACAGUGAAGCCAGUGUCCAGCGGCAGGAAGUCCAGGGACUCUGAUGGCAUAGUUGAGGUCCUAGACAGAGCCCAGCAAGAUAUUAAUAGAAAGAAGAUGGUUUCAUUGUGUUAAUUUGUUUUUAGGGACCACCUUAGUAUCCCCAGCCAAAUAUACUAUCUGUUCAGGAUAACAAGGUAUAAAUGACACAUAGUGCAGUCACUGCUUGCCAAAGGAUCGUAUUUCCUUUAGAUGUAUAUGGAACGCAAAUCAAUAUUUCUGAUUUACCAUGGGAAACAGUGAGAAACUUCUGGCCCAGCUAAUAUUUCUGAAAAAUGGCCUGUAAAUUGCAUGUUAGCAACUCCUUGGUAUCGAACUCUACAUGCUGUGUGUUAUGAGAUUUGUAGCCCACUGCAAUGUCCAGGACAUUGUUUGCACAUUAUGACAUCAUUAACUGAGAAUAUAGUGGAGCGUUCAUAUAAUAAAUCAAUGUUGUUCAAAAACAUUAGCUAUUUUUUCCAUAGCAGAGUUAUUUGUUAAAGUGUGAAUAAAAUUUAAAAUGAAAUUCAAAUUACUAGGCUAAUUUUGGGCUAUACUGGCUAGAUGCAGUGUUUUCCAUAUUGAUGAAUUCAAUACAACAUAUCUCCCUCAGAAAAUAACUUGCUGUCUCUAGGACAAUUCAAGAUUUUGAAGUCUUAAAGGACCACUAUAGGCACCCAGACCACUUCAGCUUAAUGAGGUGGUCUGGGUGCCUGGUCCAUCUAGGGUUAACCCUUUUUUCUAUAAACAUAGCAGUUUCAGAGAAACUGCUAUGUUUAUGUUAGGGUUAAUCCAGCCUCCAGUGGCUGUCUCAUUGACAGCCGCUAGAGGGCUUCCGCGUUUCUCUCUGUGCAAAUCACAGUGAGAAGACGCCAGCGUCCAUAGGAAAGCAUUGUGAAUGCUUUCCUAUGGACUGGCUGAAUGCGCGCGCAGCUCCUGCCAUGCAUGUGCAUUCAGCAGAAGAGGAGGAGAAGAGGGAGUUGAGGAGGAGGAGAGCUCCCUGCCCAGCGCUGAGAAAGAGGUAAGUUUAACCCCUUACUCUCCAUCCAGCCUAAAGGGGGGGGGGCCCUGAGGGUGGGGGCACCCUCAGGGCACUAUAGUGCCAGGAAAACGAGUAUGUUUUCCUGGCACUAUAGUGGUCCUUUAACUCUUAGUAGUUUCUUUGUACAGGUAUGUACAUGACAAAUUUGUCAAAAAUUUUUUUGCCAAGGACGAUCCUGUGGCAUUACCAUGGUUUAACUAGCAAAGUAAAUUAUGUUUAUUUACAUCAAUGUAUUUGUAAAUUAGGCUUUUACAUUUAAAAAGGAGACUUUGCUACUUAAUUGAAAGCAUAAUAUUUCAGUUACAUCAUACUCUGCUAAAUGAUCAGCUAGCACAUUCAUGAGACACGUUCAUAAACACAAAGUCAAGGCCAAGUUCCAAAUUUUAAAUAGUCGAUAAAAACAUUCCAUUGGUUCCAUGGUGACGGCUCAAUAUUUAGAACUUUGCAGCACAACUGCUCUUUACAAAUCAAUCCUGGUACUGUAUAUAUUUAAUCUUCUGCAAAGUGUACGGGAACAUCUCAAGUGCCCACAUCUGAACAAAUGCCUCGCAAUAUGUUGGUAGGUGCUUGAUCUUAUGACAAUAGAAUGAACAACCAAGGGUGUUUUCAGGAGCCUAAAGUGGGAUAUUCUUGACUGGUCAAUCACCAGACAUGAAUCCGAUUGAGUGUGUGCUUUACUAACUGGAGACAAGACUGAAGUAUAAACAAGUGCCCAAAAUAAUAGUGAAGAUGGCUGCAAGACCAUCCGUAGGUGACACACUUCAAGGAGUCAUUGGAUGAAAGUAAUCCAGGCUUUUCAUCUUCAUUACUUUGGACUAACAUUUGCAAUUUAUUGGUUGGUGUUCAACAAUUUCAGUUACUUUGUAAUUGUUUUAUGGCGGUAAAUACCUGAAGUAUUAAAGCUGAUAAACUGUU